GGACAUGUAGGCCCUACUAUUCUCGUCUCGGAGUUAACGAUAAUCCAUGCGCAAGGCACAUUGGAAGAGCCAACGGGCGAAGGACGUGUAUAAAGGCGACCUUGUGCUACGUGAGGAUGCUCAUCUUAGCUCCGUACAAGACCAUCUUCUCGAAAAAUCAUCUUGAGUAGGAAAGCACCGAAUACUCGUUCUUUACUUUCCCAUGAGGAGCCGUCUUCGUCCGUCUGGCUUCAGUCACUCGAGGUCAUUCUCCGCGCCCACUGUUCCCAGCCUCAGACUGACACCGCCCACACCACACCGCUCAUACCACCACGAGAAAGACUACGACCCGGACGAUUCUAUCCCCACAUCUGCAGCCGCCAUGCCCCGCCCAAACCGAUAUCGUCGCCCUAGCCCACGAACAAGUGGCCACCACCCCUACGCCAUCAACGGACAAUCAUCUCCAUCACCAACGUUCCCACACGAACAAUAUCAAUCUGUCAACCCCGGAUUUUUCCGCGGACAACUUGAUGGCAAAACCAUUGCAGCUUUUAGCAUCGUCAUCGCACCAGAUGGCUAUACUGUCACUAUUCAGGGACAGCUCGUCCCUAAACCAGCCAAGUACCCUUCGCAAGACGUCCAGGAGCGGCGCUCGCUGUCGCAGCCUGCAUCACCCGUCAUAUUUCAGAGCCCCAUCGAACACUCGGUUGCUGCACUGGGUUUGCAGAAUCCACCCAACUCGCCUACGGAUGGCGAGACCGUGCCGCCCAAACAACAACCACGUCUGGCCCCUGAGAAGCCGGAACACGCUGUGCCGUUGGCCGAGGAUCACUCUCAAUUCGCCCAGAUGUACCUAGACCAGUACAACGCAUACCUGACUCAGUAUCAAACACAGCAGCAGUGGAUGUGGCCUGUCGAGCAGAUUCCUGCCAGUCAUGCAUAA